AUGUAUCCCCGGCUCGCGCGCACGCGUACGCACUCACACACACACACACACACACAUUGUUGGACACCACACUGGCACCAGCAACACGCCACCAUUGCCGAGUUGCACAACUAUCGGAAUCAACAGACCCAAAUGACCGAAUACGUGGACUCGCAUCGUGCCGCGGUGGAAUCGGUUUGUGAACUGGGUCGACAACUGGUUCGAGUCCGUGUGCCCGGAAUGGAACGGAUCGAGUUGAAAGUGUACGCGGUGAAUCAAAGAUUUGUCAAUCUUUGUGCGGCGGACCGGGAUCGGAGACGUUUGAUACAUGAGUGGAUCACACUACGGGACAUGUUACAAGAAAUGGAAUUGGUACGUUGCUUCAAUACCUUGUCCUAUGCCAUUCCCUCAUGA